CCGCGGGCACCGGCAGCGGCACCGGCACCGGGACGGCGCGGAGCGGAGCGGCGGCAGCGGCGGCACCAUGGCCUCCGAGAGCGAGGCGCAGCGGGCGCUGCAAUAUGAGCAGACCCUGAUGUAUGGGCGUUACACGCAGGACUUGGGCACCUUUGCCAAGGAUGAGGCAGCGCGGCUGCGGCUGCAGGAGGGGGACGCGGCCGUGCCCCGCCGCCCCUCCGAGCUGCUGGAGUACACCCAGGGCCGCUGUGCCCCCUGUCGUGUCUGCGCCUUGCAGUGCCAGCGGUUCCUCAUCUCCAAGGUGGGCGAGGACUGGGUCUUCCUCAUACUGCUGGGACUGGUCAUGGCACUGGUCAGCUGGGCCAUGGAUUUCGCCAUCGCCACGUGCCUCCAAGCUCAGAAAUGGAUGUACGGGGGUCUGGACACCAACGUGCUGCUGCAGUACAUGGCCUGGGUCACCUACCCCACCGUGCUCAUCACCUUCUCAGCUGGCUUCACCCAGAUCCUUGCUCCCCAGGCCGUGGGCUCAGGGAUCCCCGAGAUGAAGACCAUCCUGCGGGGCGUCGUGCUGAAGGAGUACCUCACCUUCAAGACCUUUGUGGCCAAGGUGAUUGGCCUGACGUGUGCCCUGGGCAGCGGCAUGCCCCUGGGCAAGGAGGGUCCCUUUGUCCACAUCGCCAGCAUGUGUGCAACCUUGCUCAGCCGCUUCCUCUCCCUCUUUGGGGGCUUCUACGAGAAUGAGGCAAGAAACAUUGAAAUGCUGGCAGCUGCCUGUGCUGUCGGUGUUGGCUGCUGCUUCGCCGCCCCCAUCGGAGGCGUCCUCUUCAGCAUCGAGGUCACCUCCACCUUCUUUGCCGUCCGCAACUACUGGCGCGGCUUCUUCGCUGCCACCUUCAGCGCCUUCAUCUUCCGUGUCCUUGCUGUCUGGAACAAGGAUGAAGAGACAAUCACGGCACUGUUCAAAACUCGCUUCCGCCUCGACUUCCCCUUCGACCUGCAGGAGCUGCCGGCCUUCGCCGUCAUCGGGAUCGCCAGCGGCUUCGGGGGCGCCCUCUUUGUCUACCUCAACCGCAAGAUUGUGCAGUUCAUGCGCCGCCAGAAGACCAUCAACCGCUUCCUCAUGAAGAAGCGCCUGCUCUUCCCCGCCCUGGUGACGCUGAUCAUCUCCACGCUGACCUUCCCGCCUGGCUUUGGACAGUUCAUGGCUGGCCAGCUCACCCAGAAGGACACCCUGGUGACACUCUUUGACAACCAGACGUGGGCCAAGCAGGGGAUCAAUGAUGAGUUUGAAUACUUGGGCAUCCUGGAGGCCUGGCUCCAUCCCCGCUCCAACGUCUUCGUCACACUUGUUGUCUUCAUCCUCAUGAAGUUCUGGAUGUCAGCCUUGGCCACCACCAUCCCCGUGCCCUGUGGAGCCUUCAUGCCCGUCUUCGUCAUUGGGGCAGCCUUUGGGCGCCUGGUGGGGGAGAGCAUGGCAGCCUGGUUCCCUGAUGGCAUCCACACGGACAGCAACAUUUACCGCAUCGUGCCGGGGGGCUACGCCGUGGUGGGAGCAGCUGCACUGUCAGGUGCUGUCACCCACACGGUGUCCACGGCCGUCAUCGUCUUCGAGCUGACGGGGCAGAUCUCACACAUCCUGCCCGUCAUGAUCGCUGUCAUCCUGGCCAAUGCCGUCGCCCAGAGCCUCCAGCCCUCCCUCUACGACAGCAUCAUCCGUAUCAAGAAGCUUCCCUACCUCCCUGAGCUGGGCUGGGGCCACCACGAGAAAUACAACGUGCGGGUGGAGGACAUCAUGGUGAGGGACAUCCGCUACGUCACCCUCAACUGCAAGUACCGGGACCUGCAGCAGGUCCUGCACAGCACCAAGAUGAAGAACCUGCCACUGGUGGAGUCAGCUGAGUCCAUGAUCCUGCUGGGCUCCAUCGAGCGGACGCAGGUGGGGGCCCUGCUCAGCAGCCAGCUCAGUCCCCAGCGCCGGGUGAUGACGCUGCGGCAGAAGGCGCUGUCCGAGGACGGGCACCGGCUCUCCGACCCCAGCAUCCGCUUCCAGAUCAGCACAGAGACCUCCUCGGGGACCCCUGCCCGCCCCGCGCUCCGCAAGCCCCUGAAGCCGGCGCUGAAGCGGGUGCCCAGCAGCCCAGCCGACAGCCCCCCAGCUGGCAGCGCUGACCACGCUGGCAUCGCCCUCAAGAGCCUCUUCUGUGCCAACGCCGCCACAGAGCCCACCGAGGCCCAGGGCACAGCCUAUCAAAAGGCCAAACGCGUCCGCAUUUCCAUUGUGGAGGAGAUGAUUCUGGGUGACAAGAUGACCCCAACGGAGAUCCUGGAGUGGGAGGAACAGCAGCUGGACCAGCUGGUGGACUUCAGCAGCGCCAAGAUCGACCCCGCACCCUUCCAGCUGGUGGAGCACACCUCGCUGCACAAGACCCACACCAUCUUCUCUCUGCUGGGCCUGGACCACGCAUUCGUCACCAGCAUCGGGCGGCUGGUGGGCAUGGUGUCCCUCAAGGAGCUGCGCAAGGCCAUCGAGGGCUCCCUGACGGGCAAGGGGGUGAAGGUGCGCCCGCCGCUCGCCAGCUUCCGCGACAGCACCGCCAGCACCACCGAGGCCGACACCACCGCCCUGCGCCAGCUCUGGGACCGCCACCAGCACCACCACAUGCCCCGCGAGGCUGGCCCUGGCGGCGACGAUGAUGACAACACCCCCAAGGGUCAGUGAGACCCUGGAGAUCCACCCCGCUGUGUCCCCAGAAGCCACAAGGGCCCCCUGGCAGGUGCUGGGGUGUGCCCGCCCUGAGCCCGCUGAGCCAGGCUCAGCUCAGGAGCGGGCACUCUCAAUCCAGUGCCUCUGCUCCCUCCCUGGGCUGGGGACCAGCCAAAUGCCCCCCAGCCAGCCCCUGCUCCCCAGCGACCUGCCAGCUCCUGGGGCUUCCCACUUUGCUACCUCUGUACCCCCCCAGCCCCCGGUGCCCCCAGAAGGGCCACUGCCCUCACACCCUCCAUGAGCACCACAAUGUCCCUUCUCAGGGUGGCACGGGGCAGAGAGGGGCAUCAGGUUGGGGUGUCCACGGGGACAUGGGUGGGCAUUGCCCCCUGUGCUCAGCACAUCACAGCUGGGAACAGGGGGUCCUGCUGCCUCUCUGCCGUGCACCUCUCCCCAUGUAAAUACAGAGAUUUUUAUAUUAAUUUAAUAAAAGCACUUUAUAAACAGA